AUUUUGAAACGUUUACGGUAUAAAUUUUUCGUUUGAUGUGUGCCUUACACAAGCAUUUUAACCGCAACCAAAUCUGUCAAAAUUCCAAACUGAAAGAAGCAGUGGAUUGAUCCCUUUAAAAUUGACGCAGCGUGAACCGAAAUGAUGCAUCCGCGUCUCAAUGUACCAUUGUCACAAGAGAAUCCACUGUGGAUAUCAUGGCACGACACCGCCUGGAUUGCCGUUCUCAAUCCCAGCAAUGUCAUGGACUAUUUUAUGGAAAAAUCAAAUCCAUUUUAUGAUCGCACAUGCAACAAUGAGAUCGUGAAAAUGCAACGUCAAAGCUUUGAACAUUUGAACAAUAUGGUCGGAGUGGAAUAUAUUUUACUGCAUGUACAAGAUCCAAUUCUAUAUGUGAUACGAAAGCAACAUCGACAUUCGCCAACCGAAGCUACACCAAUGGCUGACUACUACAUAAUCGCUGGCACAAUUUAUCAAGCACCCGAUUUGGCCAGCGUAUUCAAUUCACGACUGCUAUCAACUGUGCAUCAUUUGCAGGGUGCAUUCGAAGAGGCGAGCUCAUACUCACGAUAUCAUCCAAACAAGGGUUACACAUGGGAUUUUGCUAGCAACAAAGCCUUGACGGAUAAAUCGAAGGCGCAAAUAAAGAAAGAGCCCGAAAAAGCGAAGGAAGAGCCAAGUUCAAUGUUUCAACGGCAACGAGUGGAUAUGCUGCUGGGUGAAUUGAUGCGUAAAUUUCCAUUACCAAUGUUGCCUAAUCCAAAUGCAGCGCCAGUUGUGACUGCACCUGAUCAACCUCCGCAGCGACCCGACCUAAAGGAGACCAAUCCAAAUGCAGCCACAACAACUACCGCCGCCAAUACCAAUGGCAAUAAUCAAAACGGCGAAUUCAAACCACCCGAAAAACGAGCAAAAUAAUUGAAAUUCAUCGAUUUUCUAAAUUACAGUCAUCAUCAUUCUGAAUUAUACAUAAUAUUUUUUUUUUAUUAUUCACCGAAACAAAACGAAA